AUGGUGGAUCCGGCGGGGGAGCCUGACCGCAUUGAGCAGCCUCAACACUCAGCAACACUCACAGCGCUCACCAUUCAGCAGCAACACUCACAGCGCUCACCAUUCAGCAGCAACACUCACAGCGCUCACCAUUCAGCAGCAACACUCACAGCGCUCACCAUUCAGCAGCAACACUCACAGCGCUCACCAUUCAGCAGCAACACUCACAGCGCUCACCAUUCAGCAGCAACACUCACAGCCCUCACCAUUCAGCAGCAACACUCACAGCGCUCACCAUUCAGCAGCAACACUCACAGCGCUCACCAUUCAGCAGCAACACUCACAGCGCUCACCAUUCAGCAGCAACACUCACAGCGCUCACCAUUCAGCAGCAACACUCACAGCGCUCACCAUUCAGCAGCAACACUCACAGCCCUCACCAUUCAGCAGCAACACUCACAGCGCUCACCAUUCAGCAGCAACACUCACAGCGCUCACCAUUCAGCAGCAACACUCACAGCGCUCACCAUUCAGCAGCAACACUCACAGCGCUCACCAUUCAGCAGCAACACUCACAGCGCUCACCAUUCAGCAGCAACACUCACAGCCCUCACCAUUCAGCAGCAACACUCACAGCGCUCACCAUUCAGCAGCAACACUCACAGCGCUCACCAUUCAGCAGCAACACUCACAGCGCUCACCAUUCAGCAGCAACACUCACAGCCCUCACCAUUCAGCAGCAACACACACAGCCCUCACCAUUCAGCAGCAACACUCACAGCCCUCACCAUUCCGCAGCAACACUCACAGCGCUCACCAUUCAGCAGCAACACUCACAGCGCUCACCAUUCAGCAGCAACACUCACAGCGCUCACCAUUCAGCAGCAACACUCACAGCGCUCACCAUUCAGCAGCAACACUCACAGCGCUCACCAUUCAGCAGCAACACUCACAGCGCUCACCAUUCAGCAGCAACACUCACAGCCCUCACCAUUCAGCAGCAACACUCACAGCGCUCACCAUUCAGCAGCAACACUCACAGCGCUCACCAUUCAGCAGCAACACUCACAGCGCUCACCAUUCAGCAGCAACACUCACAGCGCUCACCAUUCAGCAGCAACACUCACAGCGCUCACCAUUCAGCAGCAACACUCACAGCGCUCACCAUUCAGCAGCAACACUCACAGCGCUCACCAUUCAGCAGCAACACUCACAGCCCUCACCAUUCAGCAGCAACACUCACAGCGCUCACCAUUCAGCAGCAACACUCACAGCGCUCACCAUUCAGCAGCAACACUCACAGCGCUCACCAUUCAGCAGCAACACUCACAGCCCUCACCAUUCAGCAGCAACACUCACAGCCCCCACCAUUCAGCAGCAACACUCACAGCCCUCACCAUUCAGCAGCAACACUCACAGCGCUCACCAUUCAGCAGCAACACUCACAGCGCUCACCAUUCAGCAGCAACACUCACAGCGCUCACCAUUCAGCAGCAACACUCACAGCGCUCACCAUUCAGCAGCAACACUCACAGCGCUCACCAUUCAGCAGCAACACUCACAGCGCUCACCAUUCAGCAGCAACACUCACAGCGCUCACCAUUCAGCAGCAACACUCACAGCGCUCACCAUUCAGCAGCAACACUCACAGCCCUCACCAUUCAGCAGCAACACUCACAGCGCUCACCAUUCAGCAGCAACACUCACAGCGCUCACCAUUCAGCAGCAACACUCACAGCGCUCACCAUUCAGCAGCAACACUCACAGCCCUCACCAUUCAGCAGCAACACUCACAGCCCCCACCAUUCAGCAGCAACACUCACAGCCCUCACCAUUCAGCAGCAACACUCACAGCGCUCACCAUUCAGCAGCAACACUCACAGCGCUCACCAUUCAGCAGCAACACUCACAGCGCUCACCAUUCAGCAGCAACACUCACAGCGCUCACCAUUCAGCAGCAACACUCACAGCGCUCACCAUUCAGCAGCAACACUCACAGCGCUCACCAUUCAGCAGCAACACUCACAGCCCUCACCAUUCAGCAGCAACACUCACAGCGCUCACCAUUCAGCAGCAACACUCACAGCGCUCACCAUUCAGCAGCAACACUCACAGCGCUCACCAUUCAGCAGCAACACUCACAGCGCUCACCAUUCAGCAGCAACACUCACAGCGCUCACCAUUCAGCAGCAACACUCACAGCGCUCACCAUUCAGCAGCAACACUCACAGCGCUCACCAUUCAGCAGCAACACUCACAGCGCUCACCAUUCAGCAGCAACACUCACAGCCCUCACCAUUCAGCAGCAACACUCACAGCGCUCACCAUUCAGCAGCAACACUCACAGCGCUCACCAUUCAGCAGCAACACUCACAGCGCUCACCAUUCAGCAGCAACACUCACAGCGCUCACCAUUCAGCAGCAACACUCACAGCCCUCACCAUUCAGCAGCAACACUCACAGCGCUCACCAUUCAGCAGCAACACUCACAGCGCUCACCAUUCAGCAGCAACACUCACAGCGCUCACCAUUCAGCAGCAACACUCACAGCCCUCACCAUUCAGCAGCAACACUCACAGCCCUCACCAUUCAGCAGCAACACUCACAGCCCUCACCAUUCAGCAGCAACACUCACAGCGCUCAGCAUUCAGCAGCAACACUCACAGCGCUCACCAUUCAGCAGCAACACUCACAGCGCUCACCAUUCAGCAGCAACACUCACAGCGCUCACCAUUCAGCAGCAACACUCACAGCGCUCACCAUUCAGCAGCAACACUCACAGCGCUCACCAUUCAGCAGCAACACUCACAGCCCUCACCAUUCAGCAGCAACACUCACAGCGCUCACCAUUCAGCAGCAACACUCACAGCGCUCACCAUUCAGCAGCAACACUCACAGCGCUCACCAUUCAGCAGCAACACUCACAGCGCUCACCAUUCAGCAGCAACACUCACAGCGCUCACCAUUCAGCAGCAACACUCACAGCGCUCACCAUUCAGCAGCAACACUCACAGCGCUCACCAUUCAGCAGCAACACUCACAGCGCUCACCAUUCAGCAGCAACACUCACAGCCCUCACCAUUCAGCAGCAACACUCACAGCGCUCACCAUUCAGCAGCAACACUCACAGCGCUCACCAUUCAGCAGCAACACUCACAGCGCUCACCAUUCAGCAGCAACACUCACAGCCCUCACCAUUCAGCAGCAACACUCACAGCCCCCACCAUUCAGCAGCAACACUCACAGCCCUCACCAUUCAGCAGCAACACUCACAGCGCUCACCAUUCAGCAGCAACACUCACAGCGCUCACCAUUCAGCAGCAACACUCACAGCGCUCACCAUUCAGCAGCAACACUCACAGCGCUCACCAUUCAGCAGCAACACUCACAGCGCUCACCAUUCAGCAGCAACACUCACAGCGCUCACCAUUCAGCAGCAACACUCACAGCGCUCACCAUUCAGCAGCAACACUCACAGCCCUCACCAUUCAGCAGCAACACUCACAGCGCUCACCAUUCAGCAGCAACACUCACAGCGCUCACCAUUCAGCAGCAACACUCACAGCGCUCACCAUUCAGCAGCAACACUCACAGCGCUCACCAUUCAGCAGCAACACUCACAGCGCUCACCAUUCAGCAGCAACACUCACAGCGCUCACCAUUCAGCAGCAACACUCACAGCGCUCACCAUUCAGCAGCAACACUCACAGCGCUCACCAUUCAGCAGCAACACUCACAGCCCUCACCAUUCAGCAGCAACACUCACAGCGCUCACCAUUCAGCAGCAACACUCACAGCGCUCACCAUUCAGCAGCAACACUCACAGCGCUCACCAUUCAGCAGCAACACUCACAGCGCUCACCAUUCAGCAGCAACACUCACAGCCCUCACCAUUCAGCAGCAACACUCACAGCGCUCACCAUUCAGCAGCAACACUCACAGCGCUCACCAUUCAGCAGCAACACUCACAGCGCUCACCAUUCAGCAGCAACACUCACAGCCCUCACCAUUCAGCAGCAACACUCACAGCCCUCACCAUUCAGCAGCAACACUCACAGCCCUCACCAUUCAGCAGCAACACUCACAGCGCUCAGCAUUCAGCAGCAACACUCACAGCGCUCACCAUUCAGCAGCAACACUCACAGCGCUCACCAUUCAGCAGCAACACUCACAGCGCUCACCAUUCAGCAGCAACACUCACAGCGCUCACCAUUCAGCAGCAACACUCACAGCGCUCACCAUUCAGCAGCAACACUCACAGCCCUCACCAUUCAGCAGCAACACUCACAGCGCUCACCAUUCAGCAGCAACACUCACAGCGCUCACCAUUCAGCAGCAACACUCACAGCGCUCACCAUUCAGCAGCAACACUCACAGCGCUCACCAUUCAGCAGCAACACUCACAGCCCUCACCAUUCAGCAGCAACACUCACAGCGCUCACCAUUCAGCAGCAACACUCACAGCGCUCACCAUUCAGCAGCAACACUCACAGCGCUCACCAUUCAGCAGCAACACUCACAGCGCUCACCAUUCAGCAGCAACACUCACAGCGCUCACCAUUCAGCAGCAACACUCACAGCGCUCACCAUUCAGCAGCAACACUCACAGCGCUCACCAUUCAGCAGCAACACUCACAGCGCUCACCAUUCAGCAGCAACACUCACAGCCCUCACCAUUCAGCAGCAACACUCACAGCGCUCACCAUUCAGCAGCAACACUCACAGCGCUCACCAUUCAGCAGCAACACUCACAGCGCUCACCAUUCAGCAGCAACACUCACAGCCCUCACCAUUCAGCAGCAACACUCACAGCCCCCACCAUUCAGCAGCAACACUCACAGCCCUCACCAUUCAGCAGCAACACUCACAGCGCUCACCAUUCAGCAGCAACACUCACAGCGCUCACCAUUCAGCAGCAACACUCACAGCGCUCACCAUUCAGCAGCAACACUCACAGCGCUCACCAUUCAGCAGCAACACUCACAGCGCUCACCAUUCAGCAGCAACACUCACAGCCCUCACCAUUCAGCAGCAACACUCACAGCGCUCACCAUUCAGCAGCAACACUCACAGCGCUCACCAUUCAGCAGCAACACUCACAGCGCUCACCAUUCAGCAGCAACACUCACAGCGCUCACCAUUCAGCAGCAACACUCACAGCGCUCACCAUUCAGCAGCAACACUCACAGCGCUCACCAUUCAGCAGCAACACUCACAGCGCUCACCAUUCAGCAGCAACACUCACAGCGCCUCACCAUUCAGCAGCAACACUCACAGCGCUCACCAUUCAGCAGCAACACUCACAGCGCUCACCAUUCAGCAGCAACACUCACAGCGCUCACCAUUCAGCAGCAACACUCACAGCGCUCACCAUUCAGCAGCAACACUCACAGCCCUCACCAUUCAGCAGCAACACUCACAGCGCUCACCAUUCAGCAGCAACACUCACAGCGCUCACCAUUCAGCAGCAACACUCACAGCGCUCACCAUUCAGCAGCAACACUCACAGCGCUCACCAUUCAGCAGCAACACUCACAGCGCUCACCAUUCAGCAGCAACACUCACAGCGCUCACCAUUCAGCAGCAACACUCACAGCGCUCACCAUUCAGCAGCAACACUCACAGCGCUCACCAUUCAGCAGCAACACUCACAGCCCUCACCAUUCAGCAGCAACACUCACAGCGCUCACCAUUCAGCAGCAACACUCACAGCGCUCACCAUUCAGCAGCAACACUCACAGCGCUCACCAUUCAGCAGCAACACUCACAGCGCUCACCAUUCAGCAGCAACACUCCGCCGCUAGUUGCGCCGCCAUUUGCGCCGCCAUUUGCGCUCGCGUCGACCUGCUUCCCCUCCGCCUGCAUCGCCGCGUCUCCCGCCGCAGGAGCCGCUGGUCUGAAGCCCCAGAUGGCGAUUAG